UGUUGUGUCCCAACAGCAUCCUGAGCUGCUCCACUGCGAGUGCGUGGCGGUGACCUGGUAUGGGAGAACGAGGAUGAGACACCUCCUGCUUUUCCAAGAUGCCCUUGCUAUUGACAAGCGCAGACUUGGCACCAGAUUCUGGCUACAGCACAGGGUGUGUCUCAGCGAGCUGUGGGUGCUGUACAGUGAGAAGCCAGCGUGUGGGUGUGAAGAGGAAGAGACAGCAUUGGGCCUGGAAUGCUGCAACACCCUCAUCCUCAUCUGGCCCAGCUGCUUCUGCGUGGUCACUUUCAUAUCCCAAGAGAGGAAAGAGUUCUGGCUGGACGCCAUCCUCAGGCAAAGGAGCAGAGCCCAGGAAAUGCAGGUGACCCCACUGCCCUCGACUGGUCUACUUGUGAAAGUCUUGGGCCUCAGUGGAUCUCCAGUGAUGUUAACUGCCCCGACCGUCAAGGCUUUGGUUCAGUGCCAGGCAAAAAGUAUCCCACAUCACUGUCCUCAGACUCCAAGGCACGAAGAAGACCUCAGGAGAGCCCUGGAUGAGGAGCAAGCGCAGGAGCUGAUGGAGCCAAAAGCACCUGAGCCUGAGGAGGGCAGAGCACAUGCUGCUGUGCAGACAGACUUGUGUUCUGAUGAGCCUGGGGACCACGGAACAAAGGUGGACAUGGUGUGCCAGGCAGACGUCCACCUUGAGCAACAACCCUCUUUGCUCUGCAGCCUGGCAGAAGAAGGAGGAGCCGUGGCCAGGCAAGCUGAAGGAGGAGAGUCCCAAUAAAGCCACGUGUCUGGAGAUCAGGGCAUGCUGAGGAAGCAGGAAAGGCUUAGUCUGGCCAGUCACAAGACACUUGCCUUUCAGAUUUACCAAAAAGUCAGUCCCUCGAGGAGGAAGUUCCCCUCCAGCCUAUGGGGGUUUUGCUGCUGCCCAGGCUGAAUGCACACCUGCUCUCCAGCACUUCCUCCUGUGAAUGCUUUUUGCAGAAGUAGAGGCUGGAGGGACCAGAUGCUGCAUAGACUCAUGUCCUCAGUCGUUGCGGUGUUUGAGUCGUUCUUCCAGGUCAGAGAAGUAGCAGCUGAAGUCUGAAUGUUUGACAGGUGGCACUGUCUUGGCAGGAACCAUGCGAAGGCCGGCACACACCACCACUGCAGGCCCAGGAGGAGCCCUCCACGGCAGUGUCACCGUGGACAU